CCAUUGUUGUUGUCAUUAGGGUUUCACCAUUGGCAUGUGGAUCAAGCUGAUGGAACUGCCGCCGUCCGACCGGUACUUCAUGUCGACCGGCGGACACACCCGGUCCUCCUACGGCUUCAACUUCUACUACGACGUGCCGGACGGACCCGGCUUCUGGGUCACGCAUCGGGAGGCCUGGUGCAGGACGCACUUCGCCCUGCCGAUCGGAAUCUGGAUGCACCUGGCGCUGUCCUGGAAGGCGCCGUGUGACAUCAACAUCUUCGUCAACAGCACCGAGGUGGACUUCACCCUGUCCAAGGCCAGGCCGAGCGAUCUGGAUGAGGAUAUCCACACAACUCUGGCCAUAGGAGCCCCUAACACUGUAACCAGCGUGGCAGGCAUUGCCGGGCACAUCACCGUGGACGAGGUCCGGUUCUGGGACAGGAAGAUCACGGGGAAGGAAAUCCACGAAGUCAUCAUGCAUGACCUGAGGAUGUCGGGAAUCCAGUACCACCCCCAGGCUGGGGUGCAGGUGAUGAAGGGCAGGUUCCAGUGUACCGGGGAGGAGAAGCUACUGGGCAUGUGCGAGCACCAGGAGGACUCCUCAUUGGCUGACGAUAUCUGCGGCACCAGCGCGCAGAACUUCGUCCGCUGUGUUCCUAACGGUUGGUGGGACAGCUGGUCAUCCUGGAGCUCGUGCAUGAACGGCGAGUCCCGCCGGACCAGGAAGUGCUACACGCCGACUCCUCACUACGAGGGGAACUGUACGGACAGCCCCGGGCCGGGCGAGCAGGUCAAGUCAUGCGUCUUCACUGAUAUCUAGAUCUACCUACAGCAAAACAUUAAACAAUGUUAAGUUCCACCAUCGAAAAU